UAAAGAACCAGCACACAUUACUUGCACCGGUGCAAACUUGACAAAUCGUGUAACAAAAAUGCGAGUAAUUCAUACUCCCCCGCAUAAUCUCCAAAUCAAUCAGUCGUCAGCUAGGAGUGCAUGUGAGAGCAGCAAAUUAUUUGUUCCGGUGCAAUUUAAUUUUUCAACAACAAAAAAUCAAACCAAAGACCUUUGUCAAGGCCACACCCCUCCAUUCCACCAUGUCUAAAAGGGUCCCCCCUGUUAAGUCGAUGGACAAAGUGGGAUCUGGUCCUUUGGAUACAUUUGUUCAGAAAAGACCACGGUCAUCAACUCUUGGUUUUGGUCAAUCAGAAAAACACGAAAAGGGGAAGGAGAAUGCUGCGCCUCGUGUUGUUUUGACCGGUCAAACUGCUAUCAAUAUUGCCAGGGAAGAAGAUCAGUCCUUACGCCCGGCCAGUCCUAAAAGAUCGAUGAUGACAGCUGUUCAAAGCGCAGUCGAAGAGACUGGACUGGACGAUUCGGGUGUUGUAGAUUUGAUGUUCAGUGAUGAUGGAGAGACUGGUGAGGAAGAAGAGGCAGGGACAUUGGAGAAUACGGAGGAGGUCAACCCCCAACCCGGCCCUUCACGCGGAAUCCCAAUUCCUCAUUACCGGCAUGGAGAUUUGUCGGACAACGUAUACGAACAGUUCCACCGCGAAGUUUUGCUGGAUUGGCUCGAGGAGGUGAGGAAAAUGAAACCUCCGGUGCGCAAUGACACCAAAAGAUUAGAAUUGGAAAAUGCAGCCAACUGGGGUCAACAACGCCGAAAAGGGAAACUAGUUGUCCAAUUCGACACAAAAAUUCCCGGCUCACCCAUCAAGGGAUACUAUGUCAUGAAAGCUGAUGGAUGGAGAAACAAUCUAUUUUCAUACUUUAAGCGGGCCAUGAAAGACGGGAUAUCUCUGUCUCAUAGAGAAAGGAAUAUGGCGUAUAGAGAUCCACACCAUCCGCUCUAUGACACCAUCAAGGAUAGCAAUUCGAGUUCGGGUGACAAACGUCCCCCCUUGGACAUCGUUUACAUUGCCACAUUAUUUCCCAAGGAACAUCUGAAAAUAAGUUUAAUUGACAUAAUGAAGAAAGAAUUAGGACCGGUCCUAGAAAGUGAACCUCUUUUCCGGCUGCUCUAUUACAUUGGGAUUUUUGCUGGUCGUUGUGGUUAUUUUUCAAUGCGCGACGACCAUUUCACUGCAACCUUAAAGCCCAGCCAUAUUUACAUCCGUACUGUUGGGAGCCCAAAUCCGUUGGCUUGUAUGCAGAACAAAGUCAUUCUGUGCGACUCCACUGCGACAAAACAAGCUCUUGAAGGAUUUUUGAUGGCCUACGCGAGAAAGACGAAUGAAGUACUUGGCUAUGAACGGUACAUUGACACAGAGACGGCUUCUCCCGACUUUGAGUACAUCAAAAAGGCCAUCAAAUACGCAGACGACAAAAUUCCCCUCUUCCGUAUUGUAGAAAAAGGGGACCGGUCCCAUCCUCCCCUUUGGGCCAACAUGGAACAAGCAACCACCCUUCCUUACACCAUCACUGAGGAAGAGCUCAUUCUCCGCUUUGACCCAGAUAGGCCAGAGGUCAAGAGACACUACAAAAGCUUUCAGGAUAUGGCUCACCUUAUCAGUGAAGUUGGCGACCCCCCGGAGAGAUAUUUUUACACCAACGACAAGUCCCGAAAUGAAUUCAAAGAAGAAUUUGACAAGAUCAAAGCAGCUCGUGAAGACAAAGAAGACUAGUGUUUUUAUUGAUUUGUUAAUACAUAUGAUUAUUGUUUGUGUUCUCUCCAUCUACAUUUAUAAUUUCGUUCAGAGUUGUAGUAUUUAAAUUUUAUUGAAAAAUUAAUAUUUAUUUCUAUAAACACAAUACAAUUUAAAACAAGAUACUUAGUUGGCUUGACCAUAUACAAGUAUUUAUUUUGGGAGAAGGAUCAAAUCAAACACUUGUCAACCGAUGUCAACAACUUUUCUCAUUCAAAGGAUAAGUUUGGCCGUACAACGAGGGAACGCAGCUUCAAUUAUGGGAGCUGUUCCCAAUCAUCGAGGAUUAGAAGAAUUGUUUUAUAUCUUUAAUAAUAUUUCAUGUUAUGCUCAAAAAAAUCAUCAGGGGCCGAAUGGUGGUCUCGGACGCUUACCCGGAUCAAGUAGUGGUUUUCCCACCCCACCAACAUCGGGUUUUUCCACUACUCCCCAAGCCAACUAAGUGUCUUUUGUUUCAAAUUUUAAAUUGUAUUGUAUUGUAUUGUAUUUUUCAAAGUUUAUGUCAAUUCGAUUUUGAUUGGCUAAGUUAAAUACAGGAUUCCUUGACAACUUUUGCAUAAU